AUGAAACGAGGAGGAAGAGAUAGUGACCAUAAUUUAUCAGAAGAAGGUACUGCAGAGAAAUCUAAGAAACUGAGGACUACAAAUGAGCAAUCUCAGACUUGUGAUUGGGGUAAUCUCCUUCAGGACAUUAUUCUCCAAGUAUUUAAGUAUUUGCCUCUUCUUGACCGGGCUCAUGCUUCACAAGUUUGCCGCAACUGGAACCAGGUAUUUCACAUGCCUGACUUGUGGAGAUGUUUUGAAUUUGAACUGAAUCAGCCAGCUACAUCUUACUUGAAAGCUACACACCCAGAGCUGAUCAAACAGAUUAUUAAAAGACAUUCAAACCAUCUGCAAUAUGUCAGCUUCAAGGUGGACAGCAGCAAAGAAUCAGCUGAAGCAGCUUGUGAUAUAUUAUCGCAACUGGUAAAUUGCUCAUUAAAAACACUUGGACUUAUUUCAACGGCUCGGCCAAGCUUUAUGGAUUUACCAAAGUCUCACUUUAUUUCUGCACUGACAGUAGUGUUUGUAAAUUCCAAAUCCUUGUCGUCGCUUAAGAUAGAUGAUACCCCAGUAGAUGAUCCAUCCCUCAAAGUACUAGUGGCCAACAACAGCGAUACACUCAAGCUGCUGAAAAUGAGCAGCUGUCCUCAUGUCUCUCCAGCAGGUAUCCUUUGUGUGGCUGAUCAGUGUCAUGGCUUACGUGAACUGGCCCUGAAUUACCACUUGUUAAGUGAUGAAUUGCUGCUGGCUUUAUCUUCUGAAAAACACGUUCGAUUAGAACAUUUGCGCAUUGAUGUAGUCAGUGAGAAUCCUGGACAGACACACUUCCAUACUAUUCAGAAAAGCAGCUGGGAUGCUUUCAUCAGACAUUCACCAAAAGUGAACUUAGUGAUGUAUUUUUUUUUAUAUGAAGAGGAAUUUGAUCCAUUCUUUCGGUAUGAAAUACCUGCCACCCAUCUUUACUUUGGGAGAUCAGUAAGCAAAGAUGUGCUUGGCCGUGUGGGAAUGACAUGCCCUAGACUAGUUGAACUAGUAGUAUGUGCUAAUGGCUUACGGCCACUUGAUGAAGAGUUAAUUCGCAUUGCAGAACGUUGUAAAAAUUUGUCAGCUAUUGGACUAGGGGAAUGUGAAGUCUCAUGUAGUGCCUUUGUUGAGUUUGUGAAGAUGUGUGGUGGCCGCCUGUCUCAAUUAUCCAUUAUGGAAGAAGUAUUAAUUCCUGACCAAAAAUAUAGCCUGGAGCAAAUCCAUUGGGAGGUGUCCAAGCAUCUUGGUAGGGUGUGGUUUCCAGACAUGAUGCCCACUUGGUAAAGACUGAAUGAUGUAGGGCAUGAUGAAUAGCACCUUUACGUUAAGAAUACUGUAUUAUGAUAAGAGUUUAUUUCUUGUAGUUCUGAUGUAAUUCUAUUUUGUGGCAUGGAAAUUUGAUAUCUGCAUUGAAUAUAUAAGGAUUGUUUAUUGGAAGACCCAUGGACCAGUUUUGGUCAGAAAACUUCAUCUGUUUCUGUAGCCUAACAGCAGUCAAAUCUCAGAAAAAUUUUUUAUACUGUGGUUCAGAUCUGAAAGUAAGU